CUGAAACUCUAUCAGAUUCCAGCAGCGAGACGCCGGUGUACCAGUUACAUAGGGAAACCUGAUGGACGAGGAAAAACCUACAGACGUAUGGAAUAGGGGAGACGCGGCGAUAGAAGUUAGUGUGAUUUUAAAACAGGAUAAGCAGCCACCCGAAAAACUGUCCCACUCCAUUGAGGAGAUCCUGAAGAGGCCCAUGUGUGUCAGGCAGGAGAGGAGACAGCAUCGUAACUGGUCUGUUAUCAAGGAGAACGACAGUCAGUCCAACCAGCAUCAAUUGACAGGUCAGAGGAAGAGCAGGCAGACCAGAAUUAGCUUCACACCAUCCCAGGUGGAGCAACUGGAGAGGGUUUUCCGGCAGAGCCAUUAUCCAGACGUCAGUACCAGAGAAAAACUGGCCUCUCACCUUCACCUCACCGAGGGAAGAAUACAGAUUUGGUUUCAGAACCGCCGAGCCAAAUGGAGGAAGGCUGAGACACUGAAGGACCUUGAAAUGAUGGGCAGAGAGCAGAUAUGUACAGUAAAUCACAGCCUUCCUUAUCUCGAGAAGCCCAAGCUCCAGGCGGGCAUCUGGAUGCCGCAGUGCUACUUACCAGAGCCCUUUGAGACAACCGUGUCCCUCUCACCAGCACUAACAUCGCUUGUGCUGACCAAAACAAAUUCUCCAUAUCACAGGACAUUCAUUUGGAUACCAGGAUAAUCCAUUUUUACAACUGAUGUGACUUUUACCCAAGUGGCAGGUUUCCAAACGAUGACCAAGUGGAGCUGUGAUAAACUGGUGAUGUGCCAAAGUAUGUGUGAAUGCCCUGACUAAAAGAAAAAAAAUAUAUAUCAUGAAUUUUCUUUACUUGUCUAAGUAUUUGCAGUACUAUCAAGCAGUGCUAUUGCAUUUGUAACUAGCAAACUGGUGGUUUGUUAUCAGCUUGAUCUCACAGAAAUAUGUGAAAUGACCACGACCUCUUAACACUCGCAUAACGUG